AUGGACCAAGAUAUGUCCACACCAACGCCACCUGAGGAGCCAGAAAUGGCUGAUUUGGACACUGGACAACCUGGCGACUCCUCUUCAGAGUCGUUUUUUCUGAGCGAAGACGCAGAACUGGCAAAUAAUUCCCAUAAUGACUACCAGUACAUGAGCAUCAUGGACCAUUCCAACUACUUAUCCAACGCAUUGUCGUCAGCUAUGGAGUCUAUCGAGCUCGACAAGUCACUAGCACUACAGGCACAAUUGAGUGGUAACCUAAAUAACGAACGUCAACGACUUGUGGACAAACAGGAAGAAGUACUUGCCAAGCUUCAACACAUACAAACCAUGUACAAUAAACACUUUCGGCCCACAACUGAUACCCGAGGCUCACACAGUCGAAUAUCCACCCUCGAACUGGAAUUCAGCCGAAUCGAGGGCCAUAUAAACCGGUUGAAAUACGGCAAAGAUUCGUCUCACUUGGCAUCGAUCUUCAAGACCAAAACACCUGGUAUAGUGGAGUCCCAUCCUGUGGAGUACAAUAAGGCGAGAGACAAGAUACUCGAGCGCCAAAUUGACGAAAGCGAGAGCUAG